AUGACCACCCCCACCGAGACCUUCCGGUUCAUGGACCUCCCGACCGAAGUUCGGGACAACAUCUACCACAUCAUUCUCUGCUCUUGGCCAGCUCCGAAGUCGACCUGGGAUGAAGCUAGAAAGCUCGCCGUCGUGCCAGAUGAGCCUGCCGUGAUGCAUCACAGGAUUCAUACGGGAAUCCUUCUGGCCAACUGUCAGAUUCACAGAGACGCCACCGACGUACUGCUGAAGGGCAACCUGUUUGUCAAGGUGCAGAUGCGUGCGUCAACGAACGUGCGGGCAGUCCUAGUGCCCAAGCAGGUUCCGAUCGUGUCCAUGACACCCUCUGUGGUCGCGGCUUUCAAAGGAUACGCCCUGACGCAUUCCAUCAACAUGGAUGCCGAUCUGCUCUUUCCGGUGGCCCAUCUGAUGAUUCUUCACCGCGACUUGGACCUUUUCUGCCAGGCGGUGUCUGGUGACUACAUUCAAGCUUGUGGGCCAAACCCGCAGCAUUGCAUCACCAUCCAUAAUCCAUGGGAGACGACCUCAACCCCCAACUACAUGAAAAACAUCAAGAACCAGGAACGCCUUCUCCAGCCAUAUCGCGAGUAUCUACGUGGUGCUCGAUCGUUCAAGUUCCAGGGAAAUGUUGUCAAGCCCGAGCUUGCCCGAGUCGUCGCCAAUGAGGUAAAGGGGGAACCCAUACCUGAUGCCGAAGAACUCCUGUCGGAUCUCCUACGCCAAAAGGCUUUGGGAAAGCAGUAUUUCGACAACAGAGAUAGCGUAAAUGCCUCGGAGAUGUGGGCCAAAGCUGCUAUGCAUGUCUUCCGUAUGACCUCCUGGAACGCCUGGCCUCGCCUCAUAGCCGACGCCGGGAGAGACCUCGCAAAUAACAUCACAGAGGUUUACUUCCAGCUCAAUGCGAACUUGGCCGCAAACAAUCUUCGUGUGAUGCAAGAGACGGCUGCCACGGACGUCGAGCUUGCGGGUCAAUACGCUGGUGCGGUGUACAGUGCCCUCGAAAAGGCAUCUCAGGCGUCCCGGAAGUUGGGUACCGACUGGCAGCCCAGUCCUGAUCAAGAGGCGAAGCUCUGUUAUCGAUUGGCAGUCGCCCACCGCAUCGCGGAUGACAAUAUAGACGUCGCGGAGCAAGUGAUCAAUCAUGCUGCCCGGCAUCUUCCAAACGAUAGGGCGAUCCAGCAGGAGGUGCAGGCGAUCGCGAGAUGGAAAGCGCGCCGGGGUUGA